AAUCGUAAUAAGGAUUCGCUUGCUUUCUGGUGAAGGAAAGGGACGAAGAUCAUGGACGAAAAACGUGUCGUUAGAAACUUGCAGCUCGUUCUGCUUUGGCAAUGCUACCUUCAAAUGUUGUUGAUUCAGACUCCCCGGCUUUUCAUUUCAUAAGCCAAGGAAAAGACUUGCGCGGAACAAUUUCUGGAUCAGUUGAGAAUUCCUUAGAUCCAAAUGGCUCGUCGCCAAACCGGCUCGGAUUUUGGUCGAUUUGCUCUUCUGAUCCUUUUCUUAAUGGGCGCAAUAUCCUGUUUAAUGGUAUACCUUUUCAUUAUCGUGGUCUUCAAACCCAGUAGUACAAUAAAUUCUUCAGAGCAAGAAUGGGUUGAAGAGGAUUUGGGGAGUAAAGAAGAGGAAUGUUGUGGGGGAAUUGAGCAUUUGGAGCUCUGGGGUGAUGCUGUUAAAUGGGGUACAGAAUUGAGGUUUAAUUCUUCGGGGGAUUGUUGCAAUGCUUGUAAAGCUAUGUGUAGGGGUGAUGAUGGGCCUUGUAUAUGUAAUUCUUGGGUAUUUUGUGGAGAUAGAGAAGCCUGUGGACAUAGAUUUGGCGAGUGUUGGUUAAAAAGACAGAAGGAUGUUUUAAGUCCUGAACGACGAGACUCAGGUGAUCUAGUUAUGUGGACUUCUGGGCUUGUCUUUGGAAACAGAGAGGGGAUUGUUGGUCUGGAAACUCAAUAUGGAAAUAUUCGUAUAAGACUUUUGCCUGAUUGCUCUCCACUGUCCGUUGCCUCCUUUCUUGAGCUGUUGGCAUUGAAACAUUGUGCCGGAUGCCACUUUUAUCGUGCGGAAAGCCGAGGAAGAUUUUGGCACUCAGAUGGAAACCACCAGAAACAUGCUUUAUUUGGUCCUCCUUUUGCACUAAUUCAAGGAACAUUUGAAGCUCAAGGGUCUGUAUUCAGAGACAUUCCCAAAGAAUUCUGUCCUCCAAUAAAAAGGGGAUCUGUUGCAUGGGUUGAUUCUGGUCCCGAAUUCUUCAUCAGCCUAGCUAAUCACAAUGAGUGGAAGAAGCAAUAUACUGUGUUUGGUUCUGUUCUGUCUGAAGACAUGGCAAUUUUGGAGAAAAUAUCUCAACUUCCUACGAAGCCAGAGGUUUGGAGUAACAUUAGUGUCUCUGUCUUGGUGAAGCCUGUUCCAAUACGACUCCAAAGAAUGAAUACAAAAUCCUGAGACUUCAAAUCUCUGGCAUACCCAGAACCAGAAUCUGGCAGAUUCUGAAAGAUUUGUUCUCUCUCUCCUUUUUUAGCUUUUUUGGUAUUUCCUUGCUAUUGGAUAAUGAUGGUAUUACUUUCAUUGAGGCAACCCUGGCAUGGAUCUUCAUCUCAUGGUGUGCAUGUCUUCUUCAUGCUUGAAAAGUUAGAUGCAGAUAUUUAGGUCAAAUUGAUAUCUGAUAUCUAGGAGGUUCAUUGUAGCAGAAAAUGUUAGAUGUAGAUCAGUUGGAAAUUAGGAAUAUUUCUUUAUACUAAUGGGUUCUAAAGGGAAGUUUUCAUGAUGUGAAAA